AUGGCUGGCUGCGAGAAAUGUGUAAGGUACACAAUUCUUUUGGGAGUCUUCAUUUUAAACCUCUGUCGUUCGGCAGUCAUAAAGUCAACUGGACAGUCAUCAUCAUCAUCAGUUAACCAAAAGGGAACAUGGAGUCUUAACCAAGUUCCCUUGUCCCGACAGCGACGAGAUUCUCUUCUUAAAAUCAAUCCAGAUAUAAGAACUAUUGCGGCGAAUAUCCCUUCCAUUCCGAUGGCUGUUCGUUUGUUCUGGAAAACGCAGAAAUUUCUGCAAAUCAGUGACGAUGGCGUAGUGAAUGGUACCGCGUUUUGUUCAAGUAAAUAUGCCAAUCUUGAGCUUGAGCCAAUGGGAAGUGGAUUUCAGCGUAUUAAAGGAAUCGAAACCGGUCGUUACGUUGCAAUGAACAGUGGGGGUAUUGUUUAUUCAACGAAUUCAACCAAUGAUGAAACAGUGUUUAAGCUAACAAUGGAGAGCACAUCAUAUCAUACAUUUGCGUCUGCGAAGUACUACAAAAAAUCAUUAUACGACACAUUCAUAUCCCUUGGACGCAAUGGAAAAAUCCGCAAAGGAAAAGACACCAAAGUCAGUCAAAAUAAAGUAAAAUUUAUCAUCUACACGGGAGACAGCUGUUGAUCACCCUAUUUUAAGCUUUAGAUGUUGCUUAGCGACUCGGAAUUUUUGAAAAUAUUCUCAAUUCUCGAAUUUAAAUCCCAUCAAAUGGGACGUAAAGUUUGGUAAAUUUUUAGAGUUUAAUGCCCUGCGGGCUGAAAGUAGCUUUCAGCAUGAACCUUGAAGCAAUGCAAAAUUGUUGGAAGAGUAAUAUAAUUCUACGGAAUAACUCUCAAGCCAUUUUAAAAGUGG